GGUGCAGCAAACGCGCCUCAUACUUCGCGCCGGUGCUGUACUCCUGCUGCACCAGCGCCCCAUCGCUGCAAUCCACCGAUACGGGAGCACUGAUUGGGCUGCUCUCGACGUGCUACAGCGCUACGCUACGAUGCUGCGCCUAGCCGUGAGCCGUAAUGCCGGCGCGCUCCUCCGCCGGACGGCGCCGCCGCGCGUCCGCUUGCUCUCGACGCCCUCCGAAGCGAUGGAGGCCAAGCUCCGAGAUGAGCUUGACGCCGUCAAUGUGACCGUCGAGGACGUCUCCGGCGGCUGCGGCGCCAUGUACAAGGCCUACGUUGAGUCGCCGCGCUUCGUUGGUUUGGGCGUGGUCAAGCAGCACAAGCUCGUCCAGGGCGUCCUCAAGGCCGAGAUCGCCGAGAUGCACGGCUUCACGCUGAAGACGGCGAAGCCCCGGGGCGACUAGGCGUCGUGCGGGCGCGCCUCGCCACGCCAUCGACGCGACCCUUCCCGUGAUAGUGUUAAUGUUUACAGUU